CCAUGUUUAGUGCUCUGGAACUUAUAACUUAAGGAAUCUGAUGUUCUUUGGAGACUCAAUGAGAACAUAUUACUGCAGAUAUGGCAGUGAGUGCUGUGAAGUCCAUAUAUUGGGAAGUGUUUCCUCCAAUGCCUACCAACCGUGUGUACUGCACUCCAGUCUAUCAGGACAGGCAAUUAUUUGUUCUUGGAGGCUGCAGCGAGACAGGAUUGCCUCUGGACAAGGUGGAGAUGCUGGAUGUUGUCAGUCAGAAGUGGACAGGGAUGCCCUCAAUGCCCACUGCUCGAGCUGGGGCAGCAGCAGUUAUUCUGAACAAGCAAGUCCUCAUUAUUGGAGGCAUGAAUGAAGACCAGUGCCCUUUAGGAUCAGUAGAUAUCUUUAACAUGGAUGAAGGCAAAUGGGAGAAAAAGACACCACUGGGACAACCUUCAAUGGGAAUAACAGCUGUCAAGAAAGAUGGCAGGGUAUAUGCUCUGGGAGGAAUGGGUUCCGAUGCAGCUCCUCAAGCACUGGUACGCGUGUAUGACCCAGCCAGUGACCACUGGCAAUCUUUACCACCAAUGCCGACACCACAAUACGCAGCCUGUGCCUUCCUCAAGGGCAACAAGAUCUUUGUCCUAGGAGGAAGACAGGGUAAGCUGCCAGUGACUGCUUUUGAGGCCUUAGACCUGGAAACAAAGAGCUGGACCAAAUAUCCCGGUAUUCCUAGCCGCCGUGCAUUUGCAAACUGUGCCAUGACUGAAAAAUGCUUUUAUAGCUUGGGAGGUUUACAGCAACCAGGCCCUCACAACUUCUACUCCAGGCCACACUUUGUUAAUACAGUGGAAGAAUUUGACAUGGAACAAGGAAACUGGUUGAAACAGACCCGUUCCACACGGAUGAGAGAGAAACGUGCAGAUUUUUCUGUGGGCCACGUUGGAGGAAGAGUGAUUGUCGUUGGUGGUCUAGGAAAUCAGCCAGUACCACUUGGAUCAGUAGAAGGAUUCAAUCCAAUCAAGAGGAAAUGGGAAAGUCUACCUGCAAUGAACGCCCCACGCUGCUCUUGUGCCAGCCUCCAAAUCGAUAACAUGCUCUUUGUGAUUGGUGGUGUUGCACAGGGACCCAGUAAUGCUGUGGAAGCUUUGUGUGACCGAGAGAGUAUCUGA